AUGAAACUUAUCAUUCCUUGGUCACACAUCAGACGAGUUGUUCCUCGGCCCAGGAAUUUCAAGCCAAGUCUCUAUCAAAAGCAAUCACGUUGUUGGCUAUCUACAAAUCCCGAGGCCAAGAGUAGCAAACCAUUACGGAUUCUCUUUUGUGGAUCCGAUGAAUUCAGUGCGACAUCUCUCGAUGCCUUAUAUGCAGAGUUCAAGUCUCCCGACAGCCAUAUUCUCUCUAUAGAUGUGGUCACAUUGACGGACAAGUUGAAAGGUCGAAACUACCGCGAAAAAUAUACCCCGUACAUAAAGCAGGUUGCCGAGAGGCAUGGACUCCCUCUCCAUCGAAUCAACACCUUCGAUAACUGGCAACCUCCAGUAUACAACACUAGUUUCAAUUCCGAGAUCAACUUAGUCAUUGCCGUGUCAUUUGGACUGUUAAUUCCAAUGAGAAUCAUCAACGGCUCAGAGUAUGGCGGACUUAACGUGCACCCCUCCAUGUUACCAGAUCUACGAGGGGCGGCACCAAUCCAGUGGGCUAUUUUACGAGGUCUUUCACACACAGGCGUGUCUGUUCAAACCCUGCAUCCUACCAAGUUCGAUCACGGAAUUGUGCUUGAUCAGACGCCUUAUCCUGGUGUCCGGAUUCCCGACAACAUACAGCCACAGGAUCUGACUACGACACUGGCUACCUUGGGCUCACAAAUGCUGGUCCGCGCGAUCAGGAACAGGCUGUAUGUGCCACCGUAUGUGCCUGUGUCAACGAGUGUAGAUCAGCGUGAGCUCACCAAGGCUCCUAAAAUCAGUCCACAGACAGGAAUGGUUGACUUUCACACCAUGACCAGAGCUGCCAUUCUCAGGCUAAAUCGUGCCAUACAGCCAUUCAAACUCAUUGCGGAAGCCACCCCCAACGGGAGUAUAAAGCCGGUCAGGUUCAAAAUUUCAGAGUGGCUGCGAUCGCCUACUAGCCACGACAUUCCGUUGGAAUUGCAAGACGAAUUGCUGUUGAUUCCAAAGGGUGUACCCUAUACGUUUAUCGAUCGAAAUACAAACAUCCGCGAAUGUCAAGCACCUCUCUUUAUCAACGUCACACCGGAUCGACUUGGAGGGCCCAGCCAGCUGGUCAUCACGGAUAUCACGAUUCCCUCAAAAUCACAAGAUGCCGCUGCAAAGACCGCGGCCAAAGCAGAGCUUUUCGACGAACCUAUCAAGUUUGGACCGUAUCUCGUAUAUCGAUUUUCCCACCCCCUUUCCGAGGUAGCCCCUAAGAGCUAA